CAGCAGCAACAAAAACAACACCAACAACAGCAGCAGAGAGAAAAAAUAGAAACUGAAAAGAAGCAUAAAGCGCAAAUCUUAAACUGGAUUACAAUGCAGUUGCAGCGCAGCAGACGUCGCUGUCGCGCACACACAAUUUGGAUUAACGAAAUGCUAGCGGGCGUCGCGCUGCUGCUGCCGCUGCUGGCGCUAGCUACUUUCAGCAGCGCCCAUGCAACGGAAAGCAGCUCCUCCUCCCUGGCCAUUUCCUGCACCACAUUGGGCUGCAAGAAUGGUGGCACAUGCAUCACCCAGACAAAUGGAAAAUCCUACUGCGCUUGCGAUACACGCUACGUUGGCGACUACUGUGAACAUCGGAAUCCCUGUUUGACGGGCCACGGACGUUGCCAGAAUGGCGGCACCUGUCAGGUGGCCUUUCGGAAUGGCCGGCCUGGCAUCUCGUGCCUGUGCCCGCUCGGCUUUGAGGAGUCGCUCUGUGAGAUCGCUGUGCCGAAUGCCUGCGAUCAGGCGCGCUGCUUCAAUGGCGGCACUUGCCAGCUGAAGACGCUCCAGGAGUACAGUUGCAUCUGCGCCAAUGGCUAUACGGGCGAACACUGCCAGACGCAGAAUCUGUGCGCCAGCUCACCCUGUCGCAAUGGCGGCACCUGUUCCGCAAUGGCCGGUAGCAGCAGCUUCAGUUGCAAUUGCCCGCCUGGUUUUACGGGUCACACCUGCUCCGAGGAUGUGGAGGAGUGCCAAUCAAAUCCUUGCCAAUAUGGCGGUACCUGCGUCAACACGCAUGGCUCCUAUCAAUGCAUGUGUCCCGCUGGCUACACGGGCAAGGAUUGCGACACCAAGUACAAACCCUGCUCGCCGUCACCCUGCCAAAACGGUGGCACAUGCCGCGCCAACGGACUCACCUACGAUUGCAAAUGUCCACGUGGCUUCGAGGGGAAGAACUGCGACCAGAACAUUGACGACUGCCCCGGCAAUCUGUGCCAGAACGGCGGCACCUGUGUGGACGGCAUCAACGACUAUCGCUGCAAUUGCCCGCCGAAUUUUACGGGACGCUACUGUGAUGUGGAUGUGGACGAGUGCGCCCUGCGUCCGUCCGUCUGCCAGAAUGGGGCGACCUGCACGAACACCCAUGGCACGUACAGUUGCAUCUGUGUGAACGGGUGGGCGGGCAGCGAUUGCAGCGAGAAUAUCGAUGAUUGUGUCCAGGCAGCGUGCUUCUAUGGAGCGACAUGCAUCGAUGGCGUUGGCAGCUUCUAUUGCCGGUGCACGCCAGGCAAGACGGGACUGCUGUGUCAUCUGGACGAUGCGUGCACCUCGAAUCCCUGCCACGCGGACGCCAUAUGUGAUACGAGUCCCAUCAAUGGCUCGUAUGCGUGCUCCUGCGCCACCGGCUACAAGGGUGUCGACUGCUCCGAGGAUAUUGAUGAGUGCGAUCAGGGUUCGCCGUGUGAGCACAAUGGCAUCUGUGUGAAUACGCCGGGUUCGUUUAUGUGCAACUGCUCGCAGGGAUUUACGGGACCACGUUGCGAGACGAACAUCAACGAGUGCGAAUCGCAUCCCUGCCAGAACGAGGGCAGCUGCCUGGAUGAUCCGGGCACGUUCCGUUGCGUCUGCAUGCCCGGCUUCACCGGCACCCAGUGCGAAAUUGAUAUCGAUGAGUGCCAGUCGAGUCCCUGUUUGAACGAUGGCAUCUGCCACGACAAGAUCAAUGGGUUCAAGUGCAGCUGUGCUUUGGGAUUCACCGAUGUCCGCUGCCAGAUCAAUAUCGAUGAUUGCCAAUCGCAGCCGUGCCGCAACAAUGGCAUCUGUCGCGACUCCGUCGCCGGCUACAGUUGCGAGUGUGCACCCGGCUACACGGGAGCCAGCUGCGAGAUCAACAUCAACGAUUGCGACUCGAGUCCGUGCCAUCGGGGCAAGUGCAUCGAUGGCGAUAAUAGUUUCAAGUGCGCAUGUGAUCCCGGAUUCACCGGCUAUCUCUGCCAGAAGCAGAUCAACGAAUGCGAAUCGAAUCCCUGUCAAUUUGGUGGCCAUUGUGUCGAUCGUGUGGGUAGCUAUCUGUGCCACUGUCUGCCCGGAACAAGUGGCAAGAACUGUGAAAUCAACGUGAACGAAUGCCACAGCAAUCCGUGCAACAAUGGCGCCAGCUGCAUCGACGGCAUCAACUCGUACAGCUGCAGCUGUGUGCCCGGCUUCACCGGCCAGCACUGUGAACUCAACGUGGACGAAUGCGCCAGCAAUCCGUGCGCCAACAACGGCGUCUGCAUGGACCUGGUCAAUGGCUACAAGUGCGAGUGUCCGCGCGGAUUCUACGACGCCCGUUGUCUCAGCGAUGUGGACGAGUGUGCGUCGAGUCCGUGUGUCAACGAUGGUCGCUGCGAGGAUGGCAUCAACGAGUUCAUCUGCCACUGUCCGCCCGGCUACGCGGGCAAGCGUUGCGAACAGGAUAUCGAUGAGUGCGCCAGCAAUCCCUGCCAGCACGGCGGCAGCUGUUUCGACAAACUAAACGCCUUCAGUUGCCAGUGCAUGCCCGGCUAUACGGGCCACAAGUGCGAGACGAAUAUCGACGAUUGCCUCAGCAAUCCGUGCGCCAACGGUGGCACCUGCAUCGACAAGGUGAAUGGCUACAAGUGCGUCUGCAAGGUGCCCUACACCGGCCUCAACUGCGAGAGCCAGCUGGAUCCAUGUGCGAGCAAUCGCUGUCGCAACGAGGCCAAGUGCACGCCCAGUCACAACUUCUUGGACUUCUCGUGCACCUGCAAACUGGGCUAUACGGGUCGCUAUUGCGACGAGGACAUCAACGAGUGUGCGUUUAGUUCGCCGUGCCGCAAUGGGGCGAGUUGUGUGAAUGUGCCCGGCUCGUAUCGGUGUCUGUGCACCAAGGGAUACGAGGGCAGGGACUGUGCCAUCAAUACGGAUGAUUGUGCCUCGUUUCCCUGCCAGAAUGGUGGCACCUGUCUGGAUGGCAUCGGCGACUAUUCAUGCCUCUGUGUGGAUGGCUUCGAUGGCAAACACUGCGAAACGGACAUCAACGAGUGCCUGAGCAUGCCCUGCCAGAAUGGCGCCACCUGUCAUCAGUAUGUGAACAGUUACACGUGCACCUGCCCCCUCGGCUUCAGUGGCAUCAAUUGCCAGACAAACGAUGAGGAUUGCACGGAGAGCUCGUGCCUGAACGGCGGCAGCUGUGUCGAUGGCAUCAACGGCUACAACUGCAGCUGCCUCGUCGAUUACAGCGGCGCCAAUUGUCAAUACAAGUUGAACAAAUGCGACUCGGGGCCGUGCUCCAAUGGCGGCACAUGCCACGAGCAGCGCGACGGCUACACGUGCCACUGCCCCAGUGGGUAUACGGGCAAACAGUGCUCCGACUAUGUGGACUGGUGUGCCCAAUCUCCGUGCGAGAACGGGGCCAGUUGCAGCCAGCUGAAGCAUCAGUUCAAUUGCAAGUGCGCCGCCGGCUGGACGGGUAAACUGUGCGAUGUGCAGACGAUCAGUUGCCAGGAUGCUGCACAGCGCAAGGGAUUGAGUGUGAAGCAGCUGUGCAACAAUGGCACAUGCAAGAAUCAUGGCAACAGUCAUGUCUGCUACUGCAGCCAGGGAUAUGCGGGCAGCUACUGUCAGCAGGAUAUCGAUGAGUGUGCCUCGCAGCCGUGCCAGAAUGGCGGCACUUGUCGGGAUCUGGUGGGUGCGUACGAGUGCAGCUGCCGUCAGGGUUUCCAGGGCCAGAACUGUGAGCUGAACAUCGAUGAUUGUGCACCGAAUCCCUGCCAGAAUGGCGGCACCUGUCACGAUCUCGUGCAACGCUUCAGCUGCAGCUGUCCGCCCGGCACCCUUGGCAUCCUUUGCGAACUGAACCACGAUGAUUGUGUGCCCGGCGCCUGCCACAACAAUGGCAGUUGCAUUGACCGCGUCGGUGGAUUCGAGUGCUCGUGUCCGCCCGGAUUUGUCGGCGCUCGCUGUGAGGGCGACAUCAAUGAGUGCCUCAGCAAUCCCUGCUCGAAUGCCGGCACGCUCGAUUGCGUCCAGCUGGUGAACAACUAUCACUGCAACUGCCGGCCGGGCCACAUGGGACGCCACUGUGAGCACAAGGUGAACUUCUGUGCGCAGUCGCCGUGCCAGAAUGGAGGCGCCUGCAGCACCAAGCAGAGCGGCCAUCAUUGCGUCUGUGCCGAUGGCUACUAUGGCAAGAACUGUGAGUUCAGUGGCCAGGAUUGCGAUUCGAAUCCGUGCCGUGCCGGCAACUGUAUCAUCGACGAUGCUGGCGGCUAUCGCUGCGAGUGCAGUCGCGGCACAGCGGGCCAACACUGCGAGAUCGAUACGCUGGACGAGUGCCAGCCGAAUCCGUGCUUGCAGGGCGCCGCCUGCGAUAAUCUGCUAGGCGAUUACGACUGCCUCUGUCCGAGCAAAUGGACGGGGAAACGUUGCGAGAUCUACGAUGCCAGCUAUGCGGGCUGGUCGGGCAAUAGCAAUGGCAAUGGCGGCAUCAACUCCAACGGCAUCCUAAUCAACGGCAACAACAACAAUGGAAACGGCAACAACAACAAUGGCAACGGCAACAACAUUGGCAACGGCAAUAAUGGCAACAACAACAACGGCGCCGCCGGCAUCUAUGCCGCCGAUCUGGAGCAGCAGCGUGCAAUGUGCGAGAAACGUGGCUGUCCCGAGAAGCAGAGCAACGGCGUCUGUGACUCCGAGUGCAAUACGUAUGCCUGCAACUUCGAUGGCAACGAUUGCUCGCUGGGCAUCAAUCCGUGGGCGAAUUGCACAGCGCCGGAGUGCUGGCGCGUCUUCAUGGAUGGCCAGUGCAACGAGGACUGCAACAAUGCCGCCUGCCUCUACGAUGGACGCGACUGCGAACAGAAGCUGAAGCGUUGUGCGGCCAUCUAUGAUGCCUACUGUCAGAAGCAUUACGGCGAUGGCUACUGCGACUACGGCUGCAACAAUGCCGAGUGCAGUUGGGACGGACUCGACUGUGAGAAGUCGGAGCAAUCCCCCCAACUGGCCGAGGGCGCCAUGUCCGUGGUCAUGCUAAUGGAUGUGCGACAAUUUCGGGCGGAGCAGGCGCAAUUCUUGCGCGAAAUGAGUCACGUGCUGCGCACCACGGUUCGCGUGAAGAAGGACGCGUUGGGCAACGACAUGAUCUUCAGCUGGAAGGGUGCCUCACGCAUGCCCGACAUACAGGACUCGGAGUUUGGGCGAAAGCACAAGAUACUCUACACGCAUCGCAAUGGACAGACGGGCAUCCAGAUCUAUCUGGAGAUUGAUAAUCGCAAGUGCACCGAGUGCUUCAAUCGUGCCACCGAGGCAGCCGAAUUCCUUGCUGCCUCUGCCGCAAAGCAUACGUUUGCCAAUCGUUAUCCCAUAUACAGUGUGCGGGGCGUUCAGAGUCCGGGUGAGGGCGAGGGCGCCGAGUCGCCGGCGAAUGUCAAAUAUGUAAUUACCGGCAUUGUGCUCGUCCUCAUACUCUUUGCAUUCUUUGGCAUGGUGUUGAGCACACAUCGGAAGCGGGCACAUGGCGUCACCUGGUUCCCGGAGGGUUUCCGUGCACCAGCCGCCGCUGUGAUGUCCCGGCGUCGUCGCGAUCCGCAUGGCCAGGAGAUGCGCAAUCUGAAUAAACAAGUUGGCCUAUCUCAGUCGCAGGCACAUCAGCUGCCCGGCGGCGUUGGCAGCGUUGCUGGCGGUGGCGUCGGCAGUCAUUGGUCGGACGAUGAAUCCGAUAUGCCACAACCGAAGCGCCAGCGCGGCGAUCAGCUCAGCAGCCAACUGGUCGGUGGCAGUGUCGCCGGCCUGACCAGUGUCGGCUAUGCCAGCGAUCACACGAUGAUCAGCGAGUACGAGGAGGCGGAUCAACGGGUGUGGUCGCAGGCCCAUCUCGAUGUGGCCGAUGUCCGGGCGAUUAUGACGCCGCCGGCGCACCAGGAUGGCAACAAGCACGACGUGGAUGCACGUGGUCCGUGCGGUCUAACGCCACUCAUGAUUGCCGCUGUGCGUGGCGGCGGUCUGGACAGCGGCGAGGAUAUUGAGAACAAUGAGGAUAGCACCGCUCAAGUGAUAUCCGAUCUGUUGGCGCAGGGCGCCGAACUGAAUGCCACCAUGGACAAGACGGGCGAGACAUCGCUGCAUUUGGCUGCACGCUACGCUCGUGCGGAUGCGGCCAAACGACUGCUGGACGCUGGCGCCGAUGCCAACUGUCAGGAUAAUACGGGACGGACGCCGUUGCAUGCGGCCGUCGCUGCGGAUGCGAUGGGCGUCUUUCAGAUACUGUUGCGCAAUCGGGCGACCAAUCUGAAUGCACGCAUGCAUGAUGGGACAACGCCCCUGAUACUGGCCGCACGCCUGGCGAUCGAGGGCAUGGUCGAGGAUCUGAUAACAGCCGAUGCGGACAUCAAUGCUGCUGAUAAUUCGGGCAAGACGGCAUUGCAUUGGGCCGCUGCCGUUAAUAAUACGGAGGCGGUGAACAUACUGCUCAUGCACCAUGCGAACCGGGAUGCCCAGGAUGAUAAGGAUGAGACGCCGCUGUUCCUUGCCGCACGCGAGGGCAGCUAUGAGGCGUGCAAGGCGCUCCUCGACAACUUUGCCAAUCGCGAGAUCACCGAUCACAUGGAUCGCCUGCCCCGCGAUGUGGCCAGCGAGCGAUUGCAUCACGAUAUUGUCCGGCUGCUGGAUGAGCAUGUGCCGCGCUCACCGCAAAUGAUUAGCAUGACGCCGCAGGCAAUGAUCGGCUCACCGCCGCCGGGACAGCAGCCUCAGUUGAUAACACAGCCGACGGUGAUUGCGGCGGGCGGUGCAGCUGGCAAGCAGAGCAGCCAGGCGGCCAAACAGAAGGCCGCCAAGAAGGCCAAACUGAUCGAGGGCAAUAGUCCUGACAAUGGACUCGAUACACCUGGCGGUGGCAACAACAACAACAAUAACAACAACAACAGCAGCAGCAACGUCAACAACAUGGGCAGUCUGCGCCGCAAGGCAAGCUCAAAAAAGGGCAACAACAACAACAACAACAGCAGCAGCAACAGUGCAGCCUCAAAAAAGGCCGGAAUGAACGGAAUGAAUGCGGCAUCGCAGCUGCUGCUGACAGCCUCAUCAGUGGCUGCUGCACAGGCAGCGAUUUGCACUGACCUCGACUCGCCGCCGCCGCCGCAGCAAACAGCAGCAGCAGCAGCAGCAGCCGCUGCAGCGGCGACACAAGCCGGCAACAAUGGCAACCUGGUGAAUCUGAAUCUUCCCAGUCCGUACGACACCAGCUCCAUGUACUCCAAUGCAAUGGCAGCGCCACCCAACAACAACAACAACAACGGUGCCAAACAACCGCCCAGCUAUGAGGAUUGCAUUAAGAAUGCACAGUCGCUGCAAUCGCUGCCAGCGAACAGUCUGGACAUGAUCAAGCUGGAGAACUAUGGUUACUCGAUGGGCUCGCCAUUUCAGCAGGAGAUGUUGAACGGACAGGCGAUGGGCCUGAGUGGCGGACGCAGCACCAAUACGCUGUGUGGUCUGGGCGGCGGUCUAAUGCCCAACGGUGGUCACGAACAGGGCCUCAGUCCGCCCUAUUCGAAUCAGUCGCCGCCGCAUUCGGUGCAGAGCAGCUUGGCAUUGUCGCCACACGCCUAUCUGGGUUCGCCAUCGCCGGCAAAGUCGCGGCCCAGUUUGCCAACAUCGCCGACACAUAUUCAGGCGAUGCGGCAUGCCACGCAGCAGAAGCAAUUUGGCAGCAAUCUCAACAGUCUGCUGGGCGGCGGCAAUGGCUCAAUGGGGCCGCAGAGCUCGCCGGUUAGUCUGGGCAUUAUAUCGCCGACUGGCAGCGAUAUGGGCAUCAUGCUGGCGCCCCAAUCAUCCAACAAUGCGAAAAGCAGUGCAAUAAUGCAAACGUUGUCCCCGCAGCUGCAACAACAGCAGCAGCAGCAGCAACAGCAGCAGCAGCAGCAUCAGCAACAGCAGCAGCAGCAGCAACAACAACAGCAGCAGCAACAACAGCAACUUGGAGGCCUUGAAUUUGGUUCAGCCGGUUUGGACUUGAAUGGAUUUUGUGGAUCUCCGGACUCAUUUCACUCGGGUCAAAUGAAUCCGCCUUCGAUACAAAGUUCAAUGUCGGGUUCGUCGCCAUCGACCAACAUGCUGUCGCCGUCGUCGCAGCACAAUCAGGCCUUCUAUCAGUACCUAACGCCGCCCAGCCAGCAUUCGGGUGGUCAUACGCCGCAGCAUUUGGUGCAGACGCUGGACAGCUAUCCGACGCCAUCGCCGGAAUCGCCUGGCCACUGGUCGUCGUCAUCGCCGCGCAGCAAUUCGGAUUGGUCCGAGGGCGUGCAGUCGCCGGCGGCCAACAAUCUGUACAUCUCUGGCGGCCAUCAGGCCAACAAGGGCUCCGAGGCCAUCUAUAUUUGACAUAAGCGCACCUAAAAAAAUACGAAGGCGAAGGCGGAGUACAGCAUAGCACAGCACAUGACGCAGGACUCGGUUGACGAGAUGAUGAUGAUGAUGGUGAUGGUGUCGAUGGCACUCAAAGAGCGCCGACAUCAGCCGCCAACAGAGCAGCGAGCCAGCUCAGCAAGCCUCCAACUAGCUAGCUAGCUAGUUUUCAACAUUUCCACCCCCCUCCCCUCAUACCACUCAUCUCAACCCCUGCUCCUGCUUACUCCACUCACUCACACAACACCACUUUUUUUUUUUGAGUAGCCAUUAAGCUUUAAAUUAAAAACAAAACAAACGUAAAUAUUAUAGUAAUUUAAAUGUUUAAUCUUAAUGUUUGUUGUACAGCGCAAGAGAAAUCAUAUA